AUGGAGCACCCCUCGGCGGACAGCGACCCGCUGGUGGUCCCUGGAGCCACUCUACGCCGUCUGAUGGGUCUGUGGCGGCCACAAGGCCGGGUCGCACGCCGCCUCAACGGGCUGCUCGCCGGCUUCAUUAUUGCCACCCUCGCUUUUCUGCCCGCCUGUGUGGCUCUCAAGUUGUACGUGGACCCUCCGGAAGAGCUUGAGCGGAUUACGCUCUGCAGCCUCGCCACUUCUAUCUGCAUCGGAUUUCUCUUCAAGGCGGCGCUGUUCGUGGCACAGGGAGCAACGCUGCGGCAGACGGUGCGACAGAUGGAGGACAUCAGGAGGCAGUUCGGCAGCGGGGAAGAGAAUCAGAGGACGCGCCGCCGGUACCAGAGGCUGUCAAACAGUGUCUACCUGCACUACCAGAUGGUGGCGGUGCCGGCGGUGAUCGGCUGGGUCCUGUGCCCGCUGCUGUCCCGCACCGUCAUGAGGUCCGACGAGGACCACCAGGAGGUUCCUCGACAGCUCCCGGUUCCCGUAUGGCUCCCACUCGACGUCUAUGCGUCGCCAACAUACGAGCUUCUGUAUGUUGUCCAUUCCUUCUGUGCUCUGGUCGCAGCCGAGUCCAGCGUCUGCACGGACAUCUUCUUCAUUCAUAUGAUGCUAAUGGUUGCAGCUGAGUUGGAGGUUCUGAACGAUAACAUUUCUGCCAUGCGACAGUUUGACAUGCAUAUGACGAGCACCAGGAGACAGGAAUAUGUUUCUAGAAAUCAAAGUAACGGCGGACGAUCGGCGACACUUAGCAGUGACCAGCCCCUUGGUCAACAGACAAUGACAGAGAAUGUUGAACACGAGUGGAUUCAUCAACAACUAGUGAAGAACGUGCUUCACCACCAGGCCAUUUUAAGUAUGCAGAACAUAUCUCUGACACUGUUUAGUAACAUUCCAAACUAUUUGACACAGAGAGGACGUCCACCUCCACGACAAUUACAGAGAAGAGGCUACUCCUUCCUCACUGAAAUAUUUGGGGCAUGUAUGACGGCUGUUAUCCUGAUGCCUAAUCGUGACUUCAUCUGGGAUCUCCUUACCUUGCAAGGCCUGGGUCCACAGGAACUUUAG